AUGGCGUCGACAUCUAAGAGAGUUCAAUUGAGUGCCGUUCAGUCAAACAUAUUGAACUAUGUAGUCAAUAUGCAUGGCAGCCAAGCCAAUGGCCACAGAUCAGCAUGGAUUGCGUUGCUGGCUCAUGCCUAUUUAAUUUCACGGGGUUCGAUAUUGACAGAAAGUCCUCAGUCCCUGACCAGUUUGUGCAUCUUACCAAAUGGAUGGGCGUCCACUGAUCCAAUUCGAUUUCAUUAUCGUUUUUCAGGUGUCGCGAAUGUGUAUGAGAGUACCUCGACCCACAGUUCUUCAAAAUACUCGCUUCAACUUUCUGUUACUCAAGCUGACAACAACGUUUUCGUUAACCUGACGAAUCUCACUAAUGACAAGUUUGGUCAUCUUGAGAUUUCUGGUCCUGGCCAUGUGCGUCUUGAGGCUGUUGUAUCUGAUAGUGCUCUUCAGCCAACCGCAAUAUUUCCUCAGUUGGAAUCUACCCUCUUUGAGAUGGAAGAGAAACUUUGGAAGCCAGUGUUCCCGAGUCCGCCUCAGUCGAAACCCGGCGUUAACCCAUUUAUGUCGUCACCACCAAGUGUAGUUCAGCAACCAGCAAGUCACCCAAACACAGGAGUUUACCCAAAUGUACCUGACUAUGGCCGGAGCGACCUUGACCCCCUCGGAGGGGAGCCUGGAAGUAGACUGCCCUUUGGGGGUGGUGGAAUGGUUAUCGAUCCAACUCAAGCCCUUCGUCGACCAAAUCCUUUCGGACUGCCACAUCCCGGUGGCGGGGGUAUGGUGCCUCCUGGGGCACGCUAUGAUCCCAUUGGCCCACCCAUGAUUCCACCAAGGGGGAUUGGACCUCGCGGCGGCCGUUUCAACAACCCAGAUCCCGACUCUCUUCAACCACCAGGAUGGGAGGACAUGUACAUGUAA